UGAAAGUUCCUUUAAAAGAAUAUGGAGAAAGUAUGUUCCCCACAUUUACAGCAUCAAGCCAAUGACGGACUUAUGCUGGGCGUGCAAGAAGAACAGCACUGCAAUUUUAAGGAAUGCUGGGUGUGAGAUUGAGCAUCAGUCUGAGAAAAGGAGACAACAUAGGGGUAAAGGGAAGCAUUGACGAGGUGGCGGGAGAGGAGCAGGAAGAGGAGGUGGCCAAGGAGGAGGAGGUGGCCAAGGAGGAGGAGGAGGCCAAAAAAGAGGGGCAGCUGGCCAAGGAAGAGGGGGAGGUGGCUAAGGAAGCAGGGGAGGUGGCCAUGGAAGAGAGGGAGGUGGCCAAGGAAGAGGCCAAAGAGGAAGAGGAGGCCCUGCUACAACAGAUUCAUCCACAAGUGCAAAGACAAUAAACUAUUUUAACGUUACAUGUAAAGAACUUAAUUAUACUUCUAAAUAAAAAUAAUAUAUUUA